AUGAAAUUCUUAUUGUCAGUAAUCUUAUUUUUGGCAAUCGCUGCAUCUGUCAAUGGUCAUGGAUACACUGUUUAUCCACCAGCUCGUCAACAAAUUUGUGUUAGUAACAAUCAAAACAGUAUUUGGUGGCCAUCUGAUGGAUCUGGUAUCGUUGAUAGCUGGUGUAGAAAUGCUUGGAAUGCUGUCUAUAACAAGUACAACCAAAACCCAUCUGCUGCUCAAACUCAAUUCGUUCAAAUCAAUGAAUAUGCUGUCUUGAUUCCAAACUACGCUCAAGGAUUGCCAGCUCUCAAGGCUGCAGUUCCAUCAAACAUCUGUGGUGCUGGUGCGUCCAAUGCCAACGCUCAAUUCGGUGACAAGUCUGGUUUCUCGAUCGUCAACAACUGGCCAUCCACCAAAAUCAACGCUCCAGUCGGUGCCAACUCUGUAAACAUCACCUUCACCUGGUGUGCCACCGCGGUCCACAAUCCAAACUCCGUAGCUGGUCAAUACCCAGGUUGCUCAGGAAGUGCUUUGUUCAAGACCGCUUUGACCUUGCCAGCUCGUUACUCACAAGCCACCAUCGUCGCUCGUUACCAAAGAAUCGACCCAGCUGGUGAAUGUUUCAUCAACUGUUCUGACUAUUAUAGUAGUAGUUGUAACAUUAUGAAUAAUCCAACAUCAAAAGUAGAACUUAGAUUCCAGUGUACUGGUCUGACCAACAAAGAUACAUUUUCAAAAUCUGACCCACAGGUAUUUGUUUUCAGUCAAAUCGGAGACUUACCACCAGUCAGAGUUGGAAACACCGAAAAGAUCAACAACAAUUUAAAUCCACAAUUUAAAACACCUGUUUACAUUGAUUACUUUUUUGAAAUUUCACAAAAGUUAACUUUAAGUGUUUAUGACAUUGACAGUGGAACAUUCGAUAAGGAUAAUGAUUUCAUCGGUACUGCUAAUGUUGGUUUGGCAUCGAUUAUCUCUUCACCGGGAUCGACAUUCAAGUCGCCAUUGAAAUCGAAACACGGUCAUCAUGCAGGUUACAUCAUUGUCUCUGCAGAGAUCAUCAGAACCUCCAAACAACGUCUUAGCUUCCAAAUGAGUGGUGAUCACUUUGACAAGAAAGAUCUCUUUGGUAAAUCCGAUCCAUACUACACCAUCUCCAAGAACAGUGCAAAUGGUUUCGUUCAAGCUUUCAAGAGUGAAGUACAUAUGAAUACUUUAAAUCCAGUUUUCAAAUCAGUUGAUUUAAGUUUGGAUGAUUUAACUGGUGGUGAUAUGAAGAGAGAAUUAUUGUUUAGUUUCUACGAUUACGAUUCGAUUGGAAAGCACGAUUUCAUUGGAUCGUUCUGUACCAAUGCAGAGGCGUUAGUUUCUACACCAAACAAAUUCGCUUUGAUCAACCAGAAAAAGAAGGAAAAGAAAUCGAGCUACUCCAACUCGGGAACUGUCGAUAUCACUCGUGCACUGAUCACUCGUGAGCCAUCGUUUGUCGACUACUUGGUCGGAGGCUGUGAGAUCUCUCUGGUUGUCGGUAUCGAUUGUACCGCAUCGAAUCUCACCCCAACCGAUAAGAACAGUUUGCACUAUCACCAUCCAACCAUUCCCAAUGCCUAUGCCAACGCUAUCGUCUCGAUUGGCAACGUGCUGACACCCUAUGACUACGACGGAAUGGUACCGGUCUAUGGUUUCGGUGCUACCAUUCCACCAAACGACUACAAGACCGACGAUUGUUUCGCAAUGAGUUUGGAUCCAAACAAUGUCUACGUGCGAGGUGUCGAAGGUAUUCUAGACGUAUACUACAGAAACAUUACCAAAGUCGAUUUCAGUGGUCCAACUUGUUUCGCUCCAAUCAUUAACAACACUGCUCGUAUGGCAUCGGAAUCGAAUCAAUACAAUCAAAAGUAUACUAUUCUAUUGAUGAUUACUGAUGGUGAAAUUAUGGAUAUGGAAGCAACAGUUCAGGCAAUCAUAAAUGCAUCUUCGAAAGCAUUAUCGAUUGUUAUUGUUGGUGUAGGAAAUGCUAAUUUCGAUAGUAUGGUCCAAUUGGAUGGUGACGAUGGACUGCUUUCGAAUUCGACAUCCAGAGCAUCUAGAGAUAUCGUGCAGUUUGUUGCUCACAGAGAUUUCAAGAAUAAACCAUUCCACAUGUUGGCAGAGGAAACACUCAAGGAGAUUCCAAGACAAUUUAUGGAUUACAUGUUGGGUCAUGGAAUCAAGCCAAACCCACCAAGACAAUACGUCCCACAACAGAUGCCAGUUGUAGUUCCAGAGGUUGUUGCAGUAGUUCAACCAGUCCCCGUAGUUACACCAGUAGUAGCCAACGAAUCAGCUAUUACAUCACUACCACCACCACCACCACCAACAGAUUUAGUUCAAGCUGUUUCCACUUUGGAAAUAGAUGAACAACCUCAACCAGCAGAAACAGACGACAAUGUACAACAACAACAAAUUAACCCAUCAGACAAUUCUAAUAAUAAUAAUAAUAAUAAUCCAAUUGUAUCAUUAGAGAAAGCAGGUAUUGUGACAUCGAUUGACAAUCCAGUUGUGUCACUCGAUAAACCAGGCAUUGUCACCACUCCGGAGAACCCAGUGAUUUCACUCGAUAAGGAUGGUGUCGUAGCUGUUGAGAUCCCACCACCAUCAGACUGUGUUGAACAAGACAACUCAACAACAACAACAACAGUAUCUGUUUCUGUAUCAUCAUCGUCUUAA